AUGGCGUUUUUCAAGAGCUUCCAGCAGAGCCUCCCAUCUGUCACCUCCAUCCUGGACUCUGUCUCCAGUAAAGUGGAUGACCUAGCCACCGCUGUGAGCGAUGUCACCUACACGGUUAGCGACCAGCUGACGGAACAGGUGAACACCAUCAUCAACAAGGUGCAAACUGAAGAAGAGGAGAAACUGAAAAGGGAGGAGGCUGAGGCCGCUUCGAUGAGAGAAGCCCAGGACGAGAGGAAAAAACGUAAAAUCAAGAGGCAGGAUUCGGUUGCCCACGACUCGAAUUCGGAUGCGUACGGUGCGUCAGGAGAUGGGGGCAGGAAUACAAAAUCAGAGAAGAACAGAUUCAAAGGAAGAUGGUAUGGUGAUGUGGGGGAAGAGGAAGAGGAAGAAGAAGAGAGGGAUAAAGAGAAGGAAGAAGAGGAGCGUAAGAAAGAGGAAGAUGAAUGGGAAUGGUGUUACGCGCCCUCAAAGGGGUGGUACCGAAAAAGAAAGGAUGCAUCAACGAAUGUGAAUGGACAGCCGUCUGAAGACACCCAGAAGGGGAGCGGCCAGCAGGUUUCCAAAGAAGAGGAGACAGCAGACACAGAGACAAAUUGCAAAAGCAAAAGAAAGGAUGCCGAUGACCAGAAGAAUAAUAGCCGCAAUGGGAUUCAUCAUAGCGACAGCCAGGAGGAACUUGUCGACCAAGAGACAACCAAGAAAAAGAAGGCACCAGACAGCCCUGAGGAAGAGGACAGCCAAGAACAAGAUGUUAGCACCUCCAAAAACGUGUCAAAGAAGAAGGCAAAUGCAUACAAUGUGGAGGAGGAGGAGGAGGAGGAGGAGGAGGAGGAGGAAGCCGAAACUUCAGAUAGGGAGGUAAACAACUCAAAGAACACUAUGAAGAAGAAGAAAGGAAGAGCAGGUGAUGAAGAAGAGGAAGACGAGGAGUAUUCCAAAAAAGAAGGCAACAAAUCAAGAACUUCGACCAAAAGGAACGGCACAGUUAAUACAGAGGAAGAUGAUGAAGAGGAGGAAGUGCCAUCUGAAAAGGAGGUAAGCAGGUCGAAACCUCUGUCAAAAAAGAAAAGGGGACAAGCCUAUGCUGAAGAUGAGGAAGAUGAUGAAGCUUCAGAAAAAGAAUCCAAACCUAGACUGAAGUCGGGUGCAAAAAAGAAUAAAAGUUACACUGAGGAGGAGAAGAGUUCCUCUAUUGAGAUGGGAACUGAUGAGGAACAAGAACCUGUCAAAAAAGGGAAAAAAGGCAAGGAUUCGACCAAGGAGAGAAAAGCAGAGAAAGAGGGAAAGAAUCAGAGAGGCUCUUCUAAAGAGGAGUCCAGGAGGUCAUCAGACGGCAAGGGGAAGGAGAAAUCGAGGAAAAACAGCGGUAAAGACAGGAACUGCUUUGAGAGGGGCUCUUCGGAAAGCGAGGAUGAGAGACCCAAGAAGCGCCCAGCAGCUUCCUCUCAGCACCAGCAGCAGAAGACCUAUGGCUGGGACAACAGGAGCAAGUACUCAGCCGAGAAUGACGGUUACAGCAGCGAGGGCUCUGCAGGGAAGGAAAACAACAGUAAGAACUUGAGGCGCCCAAGCCCGCUGAACGAACUCCAGCCACCGCCCUACCAGGACAGAGAUGGUCGAAAACGGAGGUCACAGGGCCGCUGCGAAUCAGCAGAGGGCAGCGAGGAAGAGGAGGAGGAGGAGGAGGAGGAGGAGGCAAGUGGUGAUCCUGAGGAUUCUGAGAGUUACAUUAAUAAAGGCCAUGAGGAGGAUGUUCCUAGUGACACCACGGCCGUGCUCGGUCCGGAGGAUGGUAUGCCCCCACAACUUCCAGAGUUUUAUGAGCCCGAGGCUUUGGGGAAGUAUGGCACGCUGGAUGUGGCAUUUGAGUAUGACUCCGGCGAACAGCGACUUGCUGUGACUGUGACGGCCGCCACUGACAUUCCGGCCCUCAAGAGCACCGACAACAUCUCCUGGCAGGUCCAUCUGGUGCUCCUGCCCACCAAGAAGCAGCGGGCCAAGACAGGUGUGCAGAAAGGUCCGUGCCCGGUCUUUACGGAGACAUUCCGUUUCUCUCGGGUGGAGCAGGAGGCCCUAGGCAGCUACGCGGUCCGGUUCCGUCUUUACAGUGUCCGGCGGAUGAAGAAAGAGAAGGUUCUGGGGGAGAAGGUGUUUUACCUCACCAAACUGAACCUACAGGGCAAGAUGGCCUUGCCAGUCACACUAGAGCCGGGCACUGCAGUCCCAGGCUGUGGGUCGAUGGUGAGCGUGUCACGCAGCGCUGGGGCUCUGUCGUAUCGCUCGACGGGGGAGUCGUCCACUCCUGAGCUCUUGCUCGGCCUCCUUUACAACCCAACUACGGGGAGACUCUCCGCAGAGGUCAUCAAAGGCAGUCAUUUUAAAACCUCAGCCUCAGAUAAACCACCAAUUGGCAUGUUUUGUUGUAUAAAACGAUUCAUAGGUGGCCAGCUGUACAUCAUGAGAGACACAUACGUGAAGUUAACCAUGCUGGACUCCAAGGGCAAGGAAAUGUCAAAGUGCAAGACGUCAGUAUGUCGGGGUCAGCCAAACCCCACCUACAAGGAGACGUUUGUGUUCCAGGUGGCGCUGUUUCAGCUUUCGGAAGUGACGCUGCAGGUGACGGUGUACAGCCGGCGGAGCAGCAUGAAGCGGCGGGAGCGUUUGGGAUGGGUCUCCCUGGGUUUGAACAGCAGUAGUGAGGAGCAGGAGGAGCACUGGGCUCAGAUGAAGGAGGCCGAAGGGCAGCAAGUAUGCCAGUGGCACACGCUGCUUGAUUCCUAG